GCGGGUGGUGUGAGCUUUGAAUUGAGUGACUGAAGAAGAGAGUAAAAAUCGGAAGGAAAUGGAAGAGCCACUGUUGGUGGUGUGCGUGAGAAAUGAAGAAGGGGGGCCGGGCGAAGCUCAUCAUCAGGCUCUCAGGUCGAACUUCUUCUCUAAAUUGCCUGAGAAGCUCCGAGAAGGCCUUCAUCCUCAAACCCCCUUUCAUCUCGAUCUCUCUAAAACCUCCGGCUUAUUCCAAGGGGAGAAAGAAUACUACGAAAAACAAAUUGCGACUUUGAAGUCCUUCGAAGAAGUUGAUUCCCUGGGCUGCUCUCAUUAUAAUGAUGGUGACGACGAAGAUGAGCGGCGGGACAGAUCAGAAGAGGGUCAGCACGAAAGGGCCAUCAACAUCUCCAAUUCCGCAAACAUCUUUUUGCUUGCUUUUAAGGUUUAUGCCACCGUGCAGAGCGGAUCCCUAGCAAUCGCAGCGUCCACACUGGAUUCUUUGCUCGAUUUGAUGGCAGGUGGCAUCCUGUGGUUCACACACGUGUCAAUGAAGAAUAUUAACAUUUACAAGUACCCCAUUGGAAAGUUGAGAGUCCAACCAGUGGGCAUUAUAAUCUUUGCUGCAGUCAUGGCUACUCUAGGAUUUCAAGUGCUGGUGGAAGGAGUGGAACAACUGAUUAAAAAUGAGGCACCACAUAAAAUGAGUUCACAACAAUUGUUUUGGCUGUAUACGAUCAUGCUGGCCGCUACUGUCAUAAAACUUAUGCUGUGGCUUUAUUGCAGAAGCUCUGGAAACAAGAUUGUGCGAGCAUAUGCUAAGGAUGAUGAUAUGCUUUUACACGGCCCCAAACUGUUUUCCGCUUUUGAACUAGAACAGUACCCGGGAGCCAACCAGUUCCGGUUCCUCUCAAAUACGACUGAAUCGACCAGUUCACUCACAUAUAGCCCGAAUGGGGUCACUUACUCUAAAAACAGUCGACAGAAAUAGACAAGAAUCUCAAUCGUUGAAUUCAGAUGUUGUUGUAAAAAAGUUUCAUGUUGUAAAUACUCCACAAAAUCCCAUAUUAUAUCUUUACAUCAAGUUUUAGUACAACCUCAUCGAAACCAAAGGCCGACAUUAUAUGUGUGCGUGGGGAGGGUUCAGAUACAAAAAUGUCUUUCUAUGCAAAUUGAGAAUAAGUCUUGUCCAUUCAUUUUCGCAUUUAAUGGCUCAAAAUGAGACAACAAUGCAUUACAUUUGGUCAAAAACGCGGUGGCGAUUUGUAAAUAAACCGAAAUUUUCUGUCACCGCGAAAAAGUGCAACAGAAAAAUGCAAUAAUGAAACGCGAUGAGGAAAAAGUGCAACAGUUCUCACUGCACAGAAGUAACUCUUUUUAUUUGAACUAUCCCCUAUAGUCAAAAAGUACACAUGCAGAAUACAAAAGUGCAAUACGGUACAAAAUAAAAAGUACGCAAGUUACAAAAAUUUGACAAUCUUUUUAAUACCUAUGAGUACACUUUUGAUCAUUAACUAUCCACUUUGUUGUAUAAUCACUU